CUCUCACUCUCACUCUCACUCUCUCACUCUCUCACUCUUACUCUGAGAUGUCAGCCGUACGGGGCCUCACAAGACCUUCUCGAAAACUCGGAACGUUUGUCUUCGUGUGCGUAUUGACGGGGAUGACCUUCUGGUCUUACAGUGUGCCCCUCUCUGAGUCCUCUCCAGCCCGACCCUUCCCAGCACUCCUGCGCCUGCCUCUCGCAGCACCUGUGGGCGGGCCUGGUGAGCGGGAGGCCGGCGACGCAGAGGGCGCUCACCACACUGCUAGUCCCACCACCGUCCACAACAAUACCAGCACUAAAAGCAUUACCACAGUAACGAAGUACAACGAAAGAGGUAACCAAUUGAGAGUGAAGACAAGCACGAGUACGAGCCGAGGCGAGGUGAGCGUGAGGACGAGUAGCCAGUGUGUCAACACCACCAGGCUCGCCCACCACCCUCACAGGCAGCAAGUUAAGAUGGAGCAAAAGAGGAGGCGGCACCGGGUGUGGAGAGAGGAGGGGGGGCGGUGUGGGGGGCUGGAUGUUAACUUCGCCCAGGAGGGGUCUCUGCCCCCCACCGCCCUGGUCUCCUACCCAGGCUCCGGCAACACGUGGACUAGACACCUGCUACAGGCCGCCACCGGCAUUUUCACCGGCUCUAUCUACCAGGAUCAGCAGCUCUAUAUGAAAGGCUUCUUUGGGGAGCUGGAGCCCUGGAACGCUGGGACGACCUUCACACAGAAGACGCAUGAUGGUAGUCCCGCCCACAUCCAGGCCUUCAACGGUACUGGCGUCCUCCUGCUCAGGAACCCCUACCGCGCUAUCAUCUCUUACCACAACUUUCUUUUCGGUGGUCACACUGGCUACGCCCCGAUCUCCAACUACCGGAGGAAAGGUGAGGUCGUUGUUCAAGUGUUGCUGAUGACGCAAGACAUGAUGAGUUACUGUUCUGGUGAGAGCCUUGAGAACUGGAGCUUCAAGAGGGCGGAAGUGUUCAUCCCAGAAACUCUUGAGAUAUUCUCUGAAACAGUGCGAGAUAAGGUGGAUCGGGCAGUGCGGUACGUUGACUACCUCCUGAAGCAGCACCAUCAGCCACCUCUUCCUCUUCACCUCUACGAGUUCUAUAACAACACUCCCUCACACCAGUUGAUCAAGGUGGCGUGUCUGGCAGGAGAGACUGCAGCAGCGUGCGACGAGCGUGUUUACCGUCUCAACCUUGCAAAGAAGUGGAAGAGAAGAAAGAAGACAAUAAACAAGAAGAAUGAAACCAGCAUUCCGGAGAUCUCUGCGAGUAAUGUAAAGGAGCAACAAGGAGUGAGGAGGACGGAGAAACCCGACUCAUUGGAGAGGUUCACCAAGAGCAAAGUGGGAUGGUUCAUGACCAAGAUGUUCAACAGCAUCAUGAGGUACACCAGGGCAGACCCCAUCACCAGGAUGCUCCGUGACUCACACACCCAACAUGUUCAACACCCUCCAGUCCUGCCUCCCUCCCUGGCUAACCUGUCAUCAAACCCCACCAUAAGGUGAUUGAUUUCCGUUGUCAGGGACAGGAAGCCUGUACUUAGCCUUGUCGAAGUCCCUCUAGGCCAACUAAUGACCUGACCCAGGAUGCCACCCACAACAGUUUGCUUACUCUCGAGUAUGUAUGUUACCGCUAGAUGAACAGUGACGUCAGGUCCUACCCGGGUGCCCCUGGGUAUGACCAUAUAUAUAAAAACACUGUAAAGUGGCCAAGUAAAAGGUUCUUUAAUAAAUAAAAUAACUUUUAAAUCCUUUAAAAGAAACACAACAGUGAUUAAGGAUUCAGCAGGAGCUGUUAUAUAUGGAUUGACAGAAUCCUUCGUGUCAUAUAGUGGGGCCCGUGGACGGGGGCACGGCAGGCGCCGGGCGUUAUAUGUGGCGGGUCCAAAUGUCAUUGAGAAGUAGUAAUGUGGUAUUAGCGAAAGUGUUAGAGGAGAAAGUCUGAGUAACAACCUCGUAAGGCUAUACAAUGUUAGCUCUCAAAUGGUGAAACCCACGUGAACAAGACAUGGUUAACAAGCCAUAUUAUCAUUGUCCUCUGAUGCCAUAUUGAAUAUGAAUGGCUAAAUGGUUUCGUGUUGAGCUUAAGGUCUAUCAAGCACUGGAAGGUCAUUAAGACAACACAACGGCUUACUGACCAGCCAGCAAGCAUACUUUAGCCCUGGACACAAUACCGGACUAAACUUCUUGUACACACCAAGACGCGGAGCAUACCUCCAUAUACCCUCUGUGGGGACGGUGGUUUACCACUAUAGAUAAAAAAUAUAUAUUACUGCUAUUGCAGGUAUGAACAAAGUCUUUACAAGAUGGACAUACAGAAAAUGGGAAAAAUGUCUUAAAAUGUGCGCUUGGUGAGCCUAUAUUCAAAAAAAUUUCAUUAUUAUUUAUGUAUGUAUAUUAAUUUAAUUAAAUUAUAUAUUAUAGAUUUAUGCAAAUGUAACGGGUAUUAGAAUGUAUAAAGUGAAACUGUUUACCAAAUAAUAUAUUGAGACAGUCACCUGGAGUACUGAAGGGACUCAAACCCGGGACCAGGGAAGUGCCAACCGCUUACUCUACCACGUUACCACCACAACUUGGUCAAAAACUAUACCACCGGGACGCUGGUGCCACCACGGGGAGUCUGGAGGCCGCUGUUGAACUUGGUGUAAAGUGUUACUUAUAAACCCCAACACUGUGGUGCAGGCACAGUACCUCAACACUUUAUGCUCCAACUUCUUGAAAUACUUUUAUUUGAUUUUUUUAACAGUCUCCGUGGUGUAGUGGUAAGACACUCGCCUGGCGUUCCGCGAGCGCUUUGUCAUGGGUUCGUAUCCUGGCCGGGGAGGAUUUACUGGGCG